GCUACAUGAGGCAUGUUCUGAAGAUGAUCUCGUGUUUAGUUGGAGUGUCCAGGAUUUGUUGAUAAUUCUUCCAUGAUGUAACUUACUGACCGUUGAAAACUACUUAAAUCUGUCUAGUAAGACACGUACAUCCUGGAUUUUUGACUGUUACAACUGACGUCGACUUUGAGAAAUAAAUGUCUUCAGAAGACUCAAAACUUGGUUGGAUUACGGCCUUCCUUAGAGAUCUAUCUCCGGAUAUUGACGCUGAUAUAGUUGGUGAAUAUAUAUCUGGGAUAAUCAGUGUUUCUCAUGAUCAUAAGGAAUCACUUCACAUAGAAAUAGAAGAAUUACUGUCUGCUUAUCUCUCCGCCGAAAAAUCCAAGUCCGCAGCUGCUGAAAUUAUUUCAAGAUGCAGUAGAGUCAUAUUCGAAGAGGAGAAUAUUCAGUCAUGUGAUGUUGAUGAAAUGAAGUCUGUUGAGGAGCAAAUGCGAAGUUUACUGCAAGCCAGUUGUACACAUGUUGUUGAACCUAAAAAAAUUUGUCAUUCUGAUCGUGAUGCCUGUACAUUAUCAGUUCUACGUUCAGCGGGUGUUUCUCGUUAUCUGGGUGAUUCUGAAGAAGAAGAAGAAGAAAAACUGAAAGUGGCAAUGGCUGAUUCUGAAUUUCUGACUAAACACCGUUUAAAUUUAGCUAUUGGGAUACCUGGUUCUGGUUUAAAUGGGUUUGUAGAAGAUGAUGGUGACAGUGAAUCUGGUACAGACUUAGAAGAUAUCGAAAGUAUUUGCGGAUAUGGACAAAAGGAUGGCAUUAAACCGGGUACAGUUGAGGAUGCCUUGUCCGUCUUACAUCCAUCACUUGUAACUGCAGUACCAACACGUGGAUCUAACAUGUCUUUUACUUCCCAAAGUUUCUUACCUACCAAAGACUUUACUUCUCCUGCUUCAUUGAGUACAUCUAAGCCACAUGUGAAAAAUGCAAUCGACGAUUCUGGUAGUCAAAAGGAUACUUGCACACAUCGUAAACAGACAAAGAAAAAGCUCCCUCCACCGUCUAAACAUAUUGCAAAAAUUGGUGCACAAGCUGAGGCUAGACAAAAACAGAAUCCAAAUUCAAGAGCCAUGUUAUCCGUGUUAGACCCUGAUCCCAAAGAUUCGAAAAAUGUUCGGUGCAGACGUGAAGAAAUGGAAGCAUUUCUGUUCGAAAGUUUGGACCCAAAUACGAAAUCUGUGGAUAAAGAGAAAGUAAAUAGAAAGAAAAUAACGCUGAGAUAGAAGUUCAUAGAAGAAGAUAAAGGUUAAUACAUAAAAGUUAAUCAACCAUUCAAGUUUUCAACGAUGAUAAAAUAAGUAAUGAUCAGCAUCACAAUGAUCGAUUUUGUGCAAUAUUAUCAAGAGUUCUGAACUAUAUACUCAUUUCAUGUUGAGGGUAACCAACUAUGAGGACCAACAUAGUUUGAAAUCAACAGUCAAAUACUUCAUAGAUUUUCAUCAUCCACAGUACAAAACUUUUCAUUGAAAAUUUCCUUUUACAGCUUCAUCAUGAACAUAUCUACU